AUGUUUUCUCGAUUGGUCUUUCCUUCUUUUCUUUUCAUUAGCUGUUUGAUACACAGUAUACGUGCCACUCCUUUAGCCAGUGUGACUCUAUCGUCCCUCAUUACACUCCCUACCAAGGCAAGCGUGCCACCAUACGACACAAUCCCACCGAAUAACAAGUCGGAAAGAUGGAACAGUCCAGAAUACACAUGGAUUUUUCAAUAUCCUCUACCUAUACCCCCAGUGAAGGAAUCGAAAUUCACAUAUACUAAUGAGACCACGGGUGCCGUUAUCGACUACUACGAGGUUGAAGUCAAGGCUGCCACUCAACAAAUAUACCCUAAUCUAGCAGCCACCACACUAUACACAUACGAUGGGCUGUCACCGGGACCAACGUUUAUGAUGAGAAAAGGCCGAGAGGCGGUGGUUCGCUUUACCAAUAACAGCCCAACGAACUCAACUGUCCACGUCCAUGGACAGUAUAAUCGCGCACCUUUCGACGGUUGGGCCGCCGAUUAUGCGCAUCCUGGCCAAUACAAAGACUACUAUUAUCCGAACGCACAGAACGCUCGAUCUAUCUGGUAUCACGAUCACACUGAGCGCCAAACUGGCGAGAAUGUAUAUAUGGGUCUCUAUGGCUUUUAUCUUCUGACGGACGAGGAGGAACAAGCCCUCGGCUUGCCAUGUGAUGAUUACGAUAUCCCAUUAGCUUUGAGCGCGAAACAAUACGCUGCCGAUGGCUCCCUUCUCUUCGACACGCAUAACAACACUGGGCUUUGGGGCGAUGUAAUCCAUGUGAACGGUCAGCCUUGGCCGUACAUGAACGUUGAGCCGCGCAAAUAUCGUUUUCGCGUCCUCGACGGUUCUGUUAGUCGUUCGUACAAUCUAUACUUGCAAGAAGAUGAGACCGAAGAGGCACUGAGCUUCGACAUGAUCGCCUCGGAUGGUGGACUUUUCUCCCAUCCAAUAAACACGGAUAGCUUCGCUAUCGCUGAAGGUGAACGCUACGAGAUCGUCGUCGACUUCGCCGACUGGGAGGGCCAGAACAUCACAAUGCUCAACGAGCGCGGCAUGGCAGGAAACCUCGAUUACGCGGCGACUGAUCGUGUCAUGCGAUUUGUAGUCGGCGAUACUGUGACAGACUCCACCAAUAACGACCCUGUUCCGUCGGACCUUCGCUACAUUCCUCCACCACCACAGACCAACGUCUCCAAGAACUUCACUUUCUCCCGUAUCGACGGCAAGUGGCUCAUUGAUGGAGUCGGUUGGGAGGAUAUCGAGAAUCGCAUCUUGACAAAACCUGUCUUGGGUGAGGAUGAGAUCUGGGAGUUGAGACACGGAGGUGGUAAUGCCUCGCAUCCUGUUCAUAUCCAUCUCGUUGACUUCCAAGUGCUGUCUCGUACGGGCGGUCGUAAUGCAGUGAUGCCAUAUGAGGCAGCGGGUAAGAAAGACGUCGUGUGGAUAGCCCCCGGCGAAUCCGUCCGCGUUGUAGCUAGGUACGCACCAUGGGAGGGGGUGUACAUGUUUCACUGUCACAAUCUCAUCCAUGAAGAUUAUGACAUGAUGGUUGCUUUCAACGUUACGAACCUUGAGAAAUGGGGCUACGAUAACACCACCAUGUUCAUUGACCCCAUGGAACCAAAGUUCCGACCAAAGAACACUGACACCGUGGAUUAUACGGAAGGGGCUAUACGCAAAAAGCUGGACUGGUUUUACGGCCUCAACGCUUACAAUGAGCGGUCCGAACAAGAAUUUGAAGAGAACGGUAGCCAAUAA